CGUUUCUACCGACGAAUCCUCAUCAAUUUCAAUAUCUUUCUUUUCUUUGGGUGUUUUUACCGAAAUUGUAAUACGUUUAGAAGAUCCUUCUGCCAUUUUUGUUGCUUCCUUAGCUAUUUAAUUAAUAUUUCUUAAUGUCCCGAAAAAAUUAAGAGUAAGUAUACGUUUUAGUUGUAGCUCACUAGAGUUGCUAUUAUUUGAAUUUUAAAUGGCAGUUACUUUUGUGCAUAGCGUGUUAUAACAAUUGACAAGCAGCAAUUCAAAAAAUUGUCAACAACACAUUAAUUCUUUAAUUUCUAAAAGUAUUUAUAGUUUAAUUUACUAAAUGGCACCGUCAAGUUAUAAGAAAUAUGAGAAAAUAUCCUUUCUCGGUGAAGGACAGUUUGCUAUGGUCUAUAAAGCAAGGAACAUUGAAACAGACGAUAUCGUGGCUGUAAAAAAGAUUAAAUUAGGAAGUAAGGAAGAAGCAAGAGAUGGAAUCAAUAGAACAGCUCUUAGAGAAAUUAAACUAUUACAGGAAUUGAGUCAUGAAAAUGUGAUUGGUUUACUUGAUGUUUUUGGACAUAAAUCGAAUGUUUCUCUUGUUUUUGAGUUUAUAGAUACGGACUUAGAAAUUAUUAUUAAGGAUCAAAAAAUCGUACUAACGCCCGGGAAUAUUAAAUCAUAUUUAAUACAGACGUUAAAAGGUUUAGAAUAUUUGCAUCGAUCAUGGAUAAUGCACAGAGAUUUAAAACCUAAUAAUUUGCUAGUGAAUAGUGCCGGCAUAUUAAAAGUAGGUGAUUUCGGUCUAGCAAAGUUUUAUGGAUCACCAUCUAGAAUAAAUACACAUCAGGUAGUAACAAGAUGGUAUAGAGCCCCUGAAUUGCUUUUUGGAGCUAGACAUUAUGCAACUGGAGUAGACAUUUGGGCAGUUGGAUGUAUUUUAGCUGAACUUUUAUUGAGAGUUCCAUUUUUGCCGGGUGACAGUGAUUUAAAUCAAUUAGAUAGAAUAUUCUCAGUAUUCGGAACUCCAUCAGAAGAGCUUUGGCCAGGAGUUAAACUUCUUCCUGAUUACAUUCAAUUUAAACCGUACCCAGCAAUUCCAUUAAAAGAAAUUUUUACAGCUUGUAGCGAUGAUUUAAUAGAAGUAGCUGAUAAAAUGUUUUCUCUAUAUCCAAUGAAAAGAUGUACAGCAACAGAAGCAUUAAAAAUGCCAUACUUUUCAAACCGUCCACCACCAACGGAAGGAAGUAAACUUCCAAUGCCUGUAAAACAAUCUGAAGAAGAACCAAGUGGCAAGCCAAAUCUGAAAAGAAAAUUAUUGGAUCAAAUAUCCGAUAGUAUUCCAGGCAAGAAGAGAUUGCAAUUUUAAACAUGCAUUUUGGAUUUGAUUUUAUUAUUUUAAGUUAAAUCUCAAAAAAUAUUUCUUAUCGUCUUGUAAAAGUCUAACUACCCUGUUAUAUAAUUAAGUUUUUUUUCUUACAAAUCGUCAUUAAACUAAUUGAAGAAAAAGAAUACAAAAAUAAUACUCGCAUUUUAUUAAUUAUAUUAACUACUUCCUUGGAGAUUUUCUUGUUUUUUUUUUCAUCUAAAUUUUAAGGCCAUCAUAUUAUUAAUAAUAGUAAGGUAUAUUUUAUUUGUUAAAACUAAAAAGGAAACGAAAGGAGGAAAAUCUAUUUUGUUUAUCACAUCUUGUCGCAGUUACUGUCAAAAUUCGUCCUUUGGAUUCCUUCUUAUUUAUUAAGCUUAAUAAUAUCACUUAAAUAUUUUCCACUUCCGCAAAUUGUUUAAGUCAAUAAUUUUUCAUCAUUCUUCUUUAUCAUCGUAUAGUGUAGACUCAUUCUUUAAAGUUUUACUUUUGGCAUAGAAAUAGCAUAGUCAUAUAGCCUCUCGCAAGGAUACAUUGCUAUUAAAAAACUUAAGCUAGAGAUAUUUUCAUUUGUUUAGUGGUGAUUGCUUCAGUGAGUGAACUUUUCUAGAAAUAUGCUAAAAGGUCACCAGUAGCAGUGCAUUUUUGCCAUGAUCAAUAUUAGUAAAGUAGUCAAACUUCGAAUUUUCGGAAUCAAAUUUAACGUACUUUUUUGGAAUUUUAAAUUAAAACGAUUAAAACUGAUUUUCGAGAUUUAAAAUGUUUCAAAACCACACAAAUGUUUUUCAAAUUUUAUAAAAAUUGUAUGGAUUCAAAAAAGUAAAUUUAAAAUUAAUAUUAACGGAAAACAAAUUGUCAAAAAUCAAAAUCUUGCAAAAAUGCACAAAAUAUGGGCAA